AUGCCUACAGAAAAUAUCUACGAACGUCCAUACCUAUUUAUACUUUUCCUCCGUGUUAAUGUGUGUCUGAGUACGCCGGUGAACGUAUUUACGCUCUACAUGAUUGCGGCGAAAUCGACAAAGGGGAUGAAGGAAUAUAGGUGGUGUAUCGGGUUGUUGCAGCUGACAACCUCUGUCUUCGAAUUGCUGCUUGAAGCUGCCGGUCCGGAAAUAUUUUUACCGUUUUUUGGGCUAACCAUGCACGGCUUUGGCAGCGCAUUCUUUUCGAUAUAUCCGGAUAUCGCAUUUCUCGGUACGCUUUGGGUAUCAGCAACAUUCGGACUGGGCAUUGUCUUGUGCUUUUUGUAUCGAUACGAGCAGCUACGAUUGGAUACUCAGGGAUUAAAAGCGUUCCUUCGAAUCGUUGCCCUUGCCGUGAUUAUAUCAGUCAUAUGGACCAUUAUUGCCUUAAUAGUCUGGCAGGACAUCUACAUUGUGCGCAACGAUCCGGCGCAGGUUGCCGAAUUAGCCAGGAGAUUCCCGUAUAUGGAUUCAUAUCUUAAAACCAUGCCAGAUACGUUUUACAUUGAAAAACGGCUAGAUUAUGAUUUUAAAAUCUUCAAAGUGGGCGCGAUUCGGACGUUCUUCAUCUUGAUGGGGAUUUUUGUCAUAGUUGUCGUGUUUACGGUGGGCUACUUUAGCUACAAAACAACGGCGAUGCUCAACGGGCACCAGAUCAACCUCAGCCAGGCCACCCGAAAGCUGCAGCGCAAAUUUUUUCGAGCCCUUGUCGUGCAGGUCGCUGUCCCGCUCCUGACCUGGAUAAUCCCACUUUUCUUCCUUGGCUACGUCGUGCUCCGCGGGACAUGGCAAGGACAAGAGGUGAUGAACAUCUCCAUAAGCAUCAUGGCCACCCACGGCCUGACGUCGUCAAUAUCCGUCUUGGUUAUGAUCAAAGAACCGGAACCAACUCAAGCCGUCGGUUCUGGCGUCUCGUUGACUUCGAUGAACACGAUUCGACCGGCC